AUGGUGCCAUCACCAUCUCUGCGGACUCCACCGUUCAUCGACGAGGAGAACAAGGGCCUGGCCAAGUGGGCCAAAGACAACGCCGGCUACUUCGCAUCGCUGUGGCCUCGCGCGCAGUCCUACCUGCGGCGCGACUUUGGGGCGUCGGCCACGUCGCUCUCCGUCUUCGGCGAGUGGUGCGGACCCGGCGUGCAGAAAGGAAGUGAGGUGGCGAUCGGUAAGCUGGACAAGUGCAUUUUUGCCGUGUUCUCGCUGUACAUCGACAACUACCUGAUGAUUGAGCCCGAUGACAUCAAGACUCUCCUUGGUGCCUAUAGCCUGCCCGACGGCAUGCACGUCAUCCCGUGGGGAUUCGACCACAUGCGCCUCCACCUGGGCGACGAGCAGCUGCUUGAGGGCCAACUGCCCAAGAUCAACGCCAUCGUGGCCGAGGUGGACAGGUUCGACCCUUGGGUCUUCCAGGAGUUCAACAUCCGAGGACCCGGUGAAGGUGUGGUGUGGUAUCCGGUCGAUCUGGCCGAUAGGAAGGUGGGCUCCUUCAAGGACGUGCUGAGCGUGGAGAUCUUCUCGGCCUACGCCUUCAAGACCAAGGGCAAGACGCACCAGAUGGUGAAGAAGAAAGACGCCGGAGGUAACGCCACAACCAACGAGGCGGUCAGCAUUCAUGUUGACGUGGUUGACUCGGAGGAGGAGCUCGCCGAGCUCUUCCUGAGCGAGGCUCGAUACGAGCAAGCCCUGCAGGAAGUCUCAAGCCAGAGUGGAGACGGGCGGCAGCACACCACGAUCGAGGCCAUUGCGCAGUGGAUGGUCAAGGACGUGCGCAAGGAAGCCCAGGCCGAGUUCGAAUCCGCCUCCAGGCCCCUGCGACGGCGAACGUAUUAUGGUCGACUGGGCAGGGAGACGGUGGACAGAGCGGUGACCAAGAAGGUGGAACAGUGGGCCAAGUCCUCCGAGAAUGGGCCGAGAGUCAAGGCCGUCAUGAAGGAGCUCAAGGCCAACCAAGCCAGCAAAUAUUCAUCAUCAUCAUCUUCAUCUUCAUCAUCAUCGUCUUCAACUUCCUUCAAGUGGUUCGACCAAGAGGACUCGUCUUCUUCUUUAUCAUCAUCGUCAUCGUUCUCUUCGUCGUCGUCAUCAUCAUCGUCAGCCCCGUCGGACCUGUUUGCCGGCCUGGUCUUCUCGUUCUCGGAGCACUUUGCGUUCAAGCGCAAGUCCGAGCUGACCGACCAGAUCAAGCGGCACGGCGGCACGAUCAGCUACAUGCUCAACGACCGCUGCACGCACCUGGUAGCCACGCCGAAGGAGGUGGCCGACAACCUCUCGGGUAAGAUCCGCCAGGCCCGCAAGUACGUCGAGGAGGGCAAGAAGCUGGCGGCGCGGGCCGGCGGCGACGAUGUCUUCCACGUGAUCGCCGGCGAGUGGAUCGACGAGUGCCUGCGCCAGGGCGUCCGCGUCAAGGAGUACCCGGCCUUCGACCUUCUCGCCCAGCUACGGCUCGGCGCCUCCAAGGCGCAGGACGCAACAGAAGGAGAAGAAGACCAAACGUCGGUGACCACGGAGCGAAAGAAGAUUCCCCAGGCGUCGGUGUGGAGCUAUGGGGGCAAGGUGGAGCCCUAUUUCCCGGCGUCCAACUACGACCUCCUCCGGAUGGACGUCCUCCACUGCAUGGACAUCAAGGACAACCACAACAAAUUCUACAGCAUGGAGCUGCAUAUGUCCAACGAAUAUGGCCAACUGCCCAAGAUCAACGCCAUCGUGGACGAGGUGGACAGGUUCGACCCUUGGGUCUUCCAGGAGUUCAACAUCAGGGGACCCGGUGAAGGUGUGGUGUGGUAUCCGGUCGAUCUGGCCGAUAGGAAGGUGGGCUCCUUCAAGGACGUGCUGAGCGUUGAGCUCUUCUCGGCCUACGCCUUCAAGACCAAGGGCAAGACGCACCAGAUGGUGAAGAAGAAAGACGCCGGAGGUAACGCCACAACCAACGAGGCGGUCAGCAUUCAUGUUGACGUGGUUGACUCGGAGGAGGAGCUCGCCGAGCUCUUCCUGAGCGAGGCUCGAUACGAGCAAGCCCUGCAGGAAGUCUCAAGCCAGAGUGGAGACGGGCGGCAGCACACCACGAUCGAGGCCAUUGCGCAGUGGAUGGUCAAGGACGUGCGCAAGGAAGCCCAGGCCGAGUUCGAAUCCGCCUCCAGGCCCCUGCGACGGCGAACGUAUUAUGGUCGACUGGGCAGGGAGGCGGUGGACAGAGCGGUGACCAAGAAGGUGGAGCAGUGGGCCAAGUCCUCCGAGAAUGGGCCGAGAGUCAAGUCCGUCAUGAAGGAGCUCAAGGCCAACCAAGCCAGCAAAUAUUCAUCACCGUCAUCUUCAUCUUCAUCAUCAUCAUCGUCUUCAACUUCCUUCAAGUGGUUCGACCAAGAGGACUCGUCUUCUUCUUCAUCGUUGUCGUUCUCUUCGUCGACAGCAUCAUCAUCAGCCCCGUCGGACCUGUUUGCCGGCCUGGUCUUCUCGUUCUCGGAGCACUUUGCGUUCAAGCGCAAGUCCGAGCUGACCGACCAGAUCAAGCGGCACGGCGGCACGAUAAGCUACAUGCUCAACGACCGCUGCACGCAUCUGGUCGCCACGCCAAAGGAGGUGGCCGACAACCUCUCGGGCAAGAUCCGCCAGGCCCGCAAGUACGUCGAGGAGGGCAAAAAGCCGGCGGCGCGGGCCGGCGGCGACGAUGUCUUCCACGUGAUCGCCGGCGAGUGGCUCGACGAGUGCCUGCGCCAGGGCGUCCGCGUCAAGGAGUACCCGGCCUUCGACCUUCUCGCCCAGCUACGGCUCGGCGCCUCCAAGGCGCAGGACGCAACAGAAGGAGAAGAAGACCAAACGUCGGUGACCACGGAGCGAAAGAAGAUUCCCCAGGCGUCGGUGUGGAGCUAUGGGGGCAAGGUGGAGCCCUAUUUCCCGGCGUCCAACUACGACCUCCUCCGGAUGGACGUCCUCCACUGCAUGGACAUCAAGGACAACCACAACAAAUUCUACAGCAUGGAGCUGCACAUGUCCAAUGAAUAUGUGUCGCCUGACAACCCCGGGAGGUGCAUCUAUCGCAUACUGACUCACCACGGACGCACGGACGACCUGGACUCGGCCAAGACCCAGAUCGGCCAGAAGGAGACGCGCUACCUGCAGUCCCUCGCCGACGCCGAGCUGCUCUACGACCACGUCAUGGCCCAGAAGAUGGCCGACGAGAAGGGCUACAAGCACGUCGACCUCGUCUCCGUCUCCCCCAAGAUCGGCUCCGACAAGAAUGCGGAAAGGAAUGCGGCAUCGCGUCAGGCGGAGCCGGAGCGUAGAGAUGGCGCAUCGGCGCUGCCGCAGGAGGUGCAGCGGCUGGUGAAGCACCUGUACGACCAGGCCAGCGAGUCGGUGAGCAAGACGGUGGUGGCCAAGAUCACCACGCGCGGUAUCGAGACCCCGCUGGGCAUCCUCUCCCGCAAGCAGAUCCAGCGGGGCGAGGACGUGCUCGCGCAGCUCAACGACAUCCUCGCCGCCGAGGGUGCCGAUGUCGACGACGAAGAGAAGAGGGAGGCGAGGAUUGUGAGGCUCUCGCAGGACUUUUAUUCGAUGAUUCCGCACCGGCUGGGUACGACCAAGGAGGAGGUCCACAAGGCGGUCAUCAGCAACCUGCAGUUUCUCGAGGAGAAGCAGGAUCUCCUCCAGCUGAUGAAGGACAUCAUCGAGACGAGCAACAUGCGAAGCAGGACGUCGGCCACGUCGGAGAUCGACCGCAUGUACAAUGCCCUCCAGUGCAGCAUCAAGCCACUGGACAAGUCGAGUGCCCAGUACCGGGAGAUUCAGGCCCACUUUCUCCGCAAGAAGACCAGCCCGCCGGUCGUGGCGCAGCUGCACGAUGCGAUGACGCUCGAGGUGGCCAACGUCUUCGCGAUCGACAAGUCUGCGGGCGGUGAGACGGCCAAGGCGCUGGCGAGGCGGUCGGCUUUCGCCAGCUUCUCGGACGACGAGCCGGCGGACGACGACGCCGCAACCGCCAACAACAAGCGCCUUCUGUUCCACGCCUCCAAGGUCUUCAACUUUGUUGGCCUCCUCUCUCGAGGCAUCCUCCCGCCCAAAGUCGUCGUGUCCAAGGGUCUAUCGGCGCGCACCGAUUUCGGGUACCUGGGCCAGGGCAUCUACUUCAGCGACAACUCCUACUCCAGCGUCAAGUACACCAACUUGCCGGCGACCCUGCCCACCACCGGCCCCGCUCCUCCCAAAGGCGGCAAGCGGAGGGGAGGCAAGGAGCAGCAGGCGGUCAAGAAGGCGGAGGCGCCCAACGACGACCGCUUCAUGCUGCUGGUCGACGUGGAGCUGGGCCGCAUGAUGGACUACCGCCAAAUCACGCCCCACCUCACCGCGCCGCCCCAGGGCUUCGACUCCUGCCACGACUUCGUGGACGACGAGUACGUGAUCUACGACUCCGCCAAGCAGCAGCUGCGCUACCUCGUCCAGUUCAGCCCCACCCACGCUUGA